CUCAAACUCCGGAAAUCUUGCUGCAUUCGGAGUGAUACGCGACUUCACGUUUCACGUGUUAUAACACUACCUUAAAAAUGGCAGAAGAAGAUAAAAGUAAGAAGAAGAAGAACAAGCUAUCGCUUGGGGAAAUUCAAAAGACGAUGAAGUGCGAGAUAGAACCCUCCAAUGAGGAGGUGAAAUUGGAAUGUAAAGAUUGGCCUUUACUGUUUAAGAAUUUUGACAAAAUGCUCACACGUACAAAACAUUUCACACCUUUAACAAGCGGUUCUACCCCGCUUAAUCGUUGCUUAUCAGAGUAUAUAAAGUCAGGAUGCAUCAACUUAGACAAACCAUGUAAUCCAUCAUCGCACGAGGUAGUGGCUUGGAUAAAGAGAAUUUUAAGGGUAGAGAAAACUGGUCACUCAGGCACAUUGGAUCCCAAAGUAUCAGGAUGUUUGAUAGUUUGUAUAGACAGGGCGACCAGAUUAGCCAAGUCACAACAGUCAGCUGGAAAGGAAUAUGUUGCUGUGUUUAAACUUCACUCUGCGCCAGAAAGUAUUCAGAAGGUAAAGCAGUCAUUGGAAAAGUUGCAUGGUGCUCUCUUCCAAAGGCCACCAUUGAUAUCGGCAGUCAAAAGACAGCUUCGUGUAAGGACAGUAUAUGAAAAUGAAUUGCUUGAUUACAACAAGGAAACUAAUAUGGGAGUGUUUCGCGUUAGCUGUGAAGCUGGCUCUUACAUAAGAACUAUGUGUGUCCAUCUCGGGCUGUAUGUAGGUACCGGCGCUAAUAUGCAAGAACUCCGGAGGAUUCGUUCCGGCGUUCAAUCCGAAAAGGAUGCCAUGGUUACAAUGCAUGACAUUCUUGAUGCUCAAUGGUUGUAUGACAAUCAUGGAGAUGAAUCUUACCUAAGGAGAGUUAUAAAACCUUUAGAAGCACUAUUAGUGAAUCAUAAAAGGAUCAUUUUGAAGGACAGUGCUGUAAAUGCAAUUUGUUACGGAGCUAAAAUAAUGCUGCCAGGUGUUAUAAUGUAUGACCAAGGGAUAGAGUUAAACCAAGAAAUUGUAAUUGUGACUACUAAAGGCGAAGCUGUUGCACUUGCUAUAGCUUUGAUGACCUCUCCAACUAUGGCUGCUUGUGAUCAUGGAGUAGCUGCAAAAAUUAAAAGGGUAAUCAUGGAGAGAGAUGCAUAUCCAAGGAAGUGGGGUUUAGGUCCUAAAGCAUUGCAAAAAAAACGUAUGGUACUUGAAGGGACCUUAGAUAAAUAUGGAAAACCAAAUGAAAACACACCUGCAGGAUGGUUAGAAAAUUACACAGAUUAUUCUGCAACAGCAACAUCAACGACAGAAAUUAAGACGGAGAAAAACGGUGACGUUGGCUCUAGAAAAAGAAAAAGAGAAGAGGAUACAACAGAUACAAACGUUUCUGUGAAAGAAGAAGUAUCAUCACAGGAAUUAUCAUCACCAAAAGACAAAAAGAAGGAGAAAAAAGACAAAAAAAAGAAAAAGAGCAAAGAGAAGCAAGGCACAGAAGGUGAAGAAUCCAUAGUAAUGGAAGAAGGCGCUAGUGGGGAGUCUCCAGUAAAGGAAGAGAAAAAGAAAAAGAAGAAAAAAAAGGAUAAAAAUCGAGAACCUACACCGAGUUAGAUGGAUUUUUUUAUGCAGAAAAGAAAAAAAUUAGACGAUUGUGAUGCAAAAUAUAAAAAUAUUUUCUUUAUGA